CUUCCGGUCCCGCGGCUUCAGCAUGGCUGCUUUAGGUUCUCUGCUCUUGACAGGUGUCCGGAGGCUGCACUGCAGCGUGGCGGCUCGGGCGGGCAGCCAGUGGCGACUCCAGCAGGGCUUGGCUGCCAGCCCCUCCGGCUACGGGCCCCUUACGGAGCUCCCAGACUGGUCUUACGCUGAUGGCCGCCCUGCACCGCCAAUGAAAGGCCAGCUUCGAAGAAAAGCCCAAAGGGAGAAGUUUGCAAGACGAGUUGUACUGCUGUCACAGGAAAUGGAUGCUGGAUUACAGGCAUGGCAGCUUAGACAGCAAGAGAAGUUGCAGGAAGAAGAAAGGAAGCAGAAAAAUGCUCUUAAACCCAAAGGGGCUCUACUGCAGAACCCACAACCAGGUCAAUAAAAGCAGUUCCUGUCUCCCUUUCCCAGCCUCUCUUUGGCUUUCUGCUCUAUCACCUACAUGCCUCAUCCCAGCCAGAAGAGAGAACCUUCACGUCCCCGUCUGUCUUCAGAGCACAGAGCUUGGACACCAGGAAGAACUGCCUAGAAGAGUUGGCUUAGUCCCCUCCUCCCUGGCUCUGCUCCAGUUCAGUAGAAUAUUGCUCUGGGACACUUUAUCCCCUUUGCAGGCCAUAGGACUGGCCCAAUCAACUAUGAACAGUAGCUGCUCUGCAAACAUGAAAAAGGAGCAGCAGCUCUCCUGGCUAUGCUAGGCACUCAAGCUUAUAACAGACCAGACACAGCUCAGGCUGCAUGUAGUUACUCAUUUAAUAAAUGUUUUGUUGAAAAAGGC